UCGAAAGGGGUAAGGAUCCAACGGCAACCAACCCACCAACUGGGGAAGUUCAACCAUUGUCGUACUUUUACAGUGGUUUUUGUAAACACUAUAAAUAUGUACGCAGAUUAUGUGUACGAUUUUAUACACAGUACUUCAAAAGGAGCAGUUUUACAAAUUUGCAGUUGGAUACUUGUUUUUCUUGUUCAAGUUCAUCGUUCAUUGUUAGCUCAUGGAAUACAUGAUUUUAUCUGCAUCCAUUUCGGUGUUGUUUGACAAGUUGGCAUCUUUGAUUUAUGAAAAUUGGAUGACAGGUUCGGAAUUGAAGCAAUUGAAGAAGCUCUUGUGGUCGAUUCAGGGAGUGUUUCACGAUGUUGAGGUGAAGCAAGUGAAAAACGUGGCUGUGAAGAAAUGGUUGGAUGACCUCCGAGUUGUGGUUUAUGAUGUGGAGGAUGUUCUGGAUGAGUAUAACUACGUUGUUUUGAAGAGCAAGUUGGUGACUGAUUCUUGGACUCCAAGUGCACUCAUUUCCAGCCUUAAUAUAGAGUCCAAGAUACGAAAAAUCACUUCCCGUUUGAAAGAUCUCUGUGAGGAAAAAUCUGAGCUUGGAUUGAAAGAGAUAGCUGCUGGGAACUCGUUAACUGUAGAUUGGGAAAGACUACCAAGCUCAAGUGUGCCAACUGAAGCUGCUAUCAUUGGAAGAGAUGAUGAUAAAGCCAAAAUUCUUGACAUGUUAUUUAGAGAUCAAUCUGGAGAUGAAAACCUUAGAUCCAUUGGUAUCUGGGGCAUGGGAGGUAUUGGCAAAACCACCCUAGCCCAGAUGGUCUACAAUGAAGUGCCAGCACACAACUUCGAUUUAAGAUCGUGGGUUUGUGUCUGCCGUGAUUUUGAUGUUCUGAAUAUCUCCAAGACAAUUCUGGAGUCAGUCACUUGCAAAUCUUGUGAUCUCAAGUACUUGAAUGAAGUGCAAGUAAGACUGAGAGAGGAAAUAGCUGGAAGAAAAUUUUUUCUGGUCUUGGAUGAUGUAUGGUCGAUUGAUUAUUGGUCAUGGCAAACUCUAAAAUCGCCCUUUGUGGGUUGUGCAAAUGGGAGUAGAGUAAUAGUGACCACUCGCAAUAAAGAAGUUGCUUUAACAAUUGGAAAUGGCGAAUUUUACAGUCUGAAGCUUCUAUCAGAUGAUGAUUGUUGGUCUAUAUUUCAGAAACAUGCUGGAGUUAUUGAUGGACUUCCGGAAUUGGAAUCAAUCCGUGAAAAAGUUGUCGAGAAGUGCAGGGGCUUACCAUUAGCUGCUAGAAGUCUUGGAGGGCUUCUACGGCACAAGCAGAGAGGAGCUGACUGGGCGAAAAUAUUGGAAAGCAACGUCUGGCGUUUGUCAGGUACGUGUGAUGUUCUCCCUGCUUUAAAAUUGAGCUAUCUUCAUCUUCCAUCUCAUCUUAAGAGAUGUUUUGCUUACUGUUCAAUUUUCCCCAAGAAUUAUAAAAUUCACAAAGAGCAGUUAGUCUAUUUGUGGAUGUCACAAGGUUACCUUCACCCCUCAAAAUUUAAGCAGCUGGAAGAUGUUGGUCAUGAAUACAUUCAUGAUUUAUUGGCCACAUCGUUAUUUCAACAUUCAAAUGAUGAUUCUUCACUAGUUUCAAUGCACGACCUUGUUCAUGAUCUGGCUGUAUGGGCUGCUGGAGAUACUACUUUUAUGUUAGAGGAUGAAUUAGAAGCUGAUAUGCAAUCAGAAGAAUGUAAGACGGUUCGUCAUUUUUCUUGCAUCACUGGUUCUUAUGAUAGCAAAACUAAGUUUCAGGUUCUGGAUGAAAUUAAUUGCCUAAGGACUUUUUUACCAUUGCCUUUAGGUGGUCAUGUUAGAUACAUUUCUGAUAGGGUUCUUUCUGAUUUGUUGCCCAAGUUAAAAAAUUUGAGAACCCUAUGUUUAUCUAAGUACUACAUCACUGAAAUACCCGAUUCCAUUGGAGAAUUAAGGCUUCUAAGGUAUCUCAACCUUUCUGACACUCAAGUUAGAUGCUUACCAGAGUCAUUGGUUUUACUAUACCACUUAGAAACAUUGCUUCUAAAAGCUUGUUUUCGUCUCACGAAAUUGCCUUCGGAGAUUAGUACUUUGAUCAACCUUCGCCAUCUUGAUAUCACAAAUGCGUCUUUAAUAAGAGAAAUGCCAUUGGGAAUGAAAAAUUUUAAAAAGCUCCAAACAUUGUCUGAUUUUGUUGUGGGUAAACAUACUAGUUGUAGUUUGAAGGAGUUGAAGAAUUUAAGGUUUCUUCGAGGAAAGCUUAGUAUUUCAGGGUUAGAAAAUGUGAUUAAUUCUUGUGAUGCAAGAGACGCAUUGUUAAGUAAUAAGAAAGAUCUAGAAGUGUUGUUGCUACAAUGGGGGUCGCAAUUUGAGGACUCGAGAAAUAAGGUAGUUGAAAAGGAUGUACUUGCCAUGCUACAGCCUCAUAGAAAUAUAAAAGAGCUUACUAUUAAAUGCUAUGGUGGCAAAGAAUUUCCUUCUUGGUUAGGAGAUCCAUUAUUCUCUAAUUUGGUGACCCUAACAUUGGAAAGCUGUAGAAACUGUACAUCCUUGCCUUCAUUGGGGCUUUUAGGGUCACUUAAAGUCCUAACCAUCAAGGGGAUUACAGGACUAAAAAGGAUAGGUUUAGAGACCUAUGGAGAAGGUAAUUCAAAGCCUUUCCAAAGUUUGGAGACUCUUUCUCUAGUGGAUUUGGAUGAAUGGGAGCAUUGGGAUUCUGUUGAAGAGAUUGAGUUAUUUCCUUGCUUGCAUGAGCUUUCUAUUAUAAGAGGCCCCAAGCUCUCUGGAAAAUUACCUGAAAGAUUUCCUUGCCUUCUUGAGCUUUCCAUUAUAAAAUGCCCCAAACUCUCUGGAAGAUUGCCUAGUCAUCUUCCUUCAAUAGAGAAGCUUGUUAUUUUUCAAUGUUUGCAAUUGGUGGUUUCAUUCUCGAGCUUCCCUAUGCUCUCUAAACUAGAAAUAGAUGGUUGCAAAGAGAUUGUGUACAGCAGUCAAAAGAUUUGCUCUGAGUCACUGAAGUCUAUGACUCUGGCAAAUAUAAGAGACGUUGGAAAUUGUUUAAAACAAGAGUUUCAUAACGUUGAACGACUGAAGAUGAUUGAUUGUGAAGAACUUGUAUAUUUCUGGGAUAAAGAUAUUCAGCAUAUGAAGCAACCUCAAGCAGGGUUGCACAGCCUAUCCUCUGUCAAAGAACUACAUAUUGAAAAUUUCGUAAGUUCUGUUUCAUUUCCAGAGGCUGCUUUCUUUUCCAAUUUGAGUGUCCUUGUUAUUGAAAAUUGCAAUGCUCUAUUAUUCUUGCCUAAGGGAAUACAGCUUCUUGAAAGAUUGCGAAUAGGAGGUUGCGGUUCUCUGAGAUUCAUAGUAAAAGACAAGCUACCUUCAUCUCUAAAAUGGCUUGAGAUAAAAAAUUGUGAGAAGUUGCAGCGGUUGUCAGAUUAUAAAGAGAGUACUUGUACUUCUGGUCUUGAGUACUUGUAUAUCUCUGAUUGCCCCUCCCUCACAAGCAUAUCAUCGAUUUUCCAACAACUUGUAGCACUCAAACAUCUUGAGAUUUGUAAUUGCAAUAAGCUCACUGCCUUAUCAGCCAGAGGCAACUUACCUGAGACACUUCAACACCUCAAUAUUGUUAAUUGUUCAAAGCUUGAACUGAUAGCUCAAAGGUUUUGUAAAAACACUUCUCUUGGAUAUAUGAAGCUUUGUAAAUGUAAUAAUCUGAAAUCCAUACCUGAGGACCUCCACAAUCUUGGCAGUCUUCGUGAUCUUUAUAUUUGGGAUUGCCCCAACCUUGUUUCUUUUCCAGAAGAAGGCCUUCCCAAGACAAGCUUAAGAAUUUUUUCAAUUGAGAGAUGUAAAAAGCUUAGAGCUCUGCCGAACCACAUGCACAAGCUCAAAUUUCUCCGGGAAUUACAAAUACGACAGUGUCCAGAUAUCACUUCCAUUCCGGAAGAAGGUUUUCCUACUAACCUAGAAUCACUUCUGAUUGCAGAUCUCAAUAUCUAUAAGUCACUAUUUGAGUGGGGUUUGCACAGACUCACAUCUCUUAGAAACCUUGAGAUUAGAGGAUGUCCAUAUUUAGAGUGUUUUCCACGAGAUGAUAAUGCAACGAUGCUGCCAUCCUCUCUAUCUCAGCUAACCAUUGCAAGGUUCCAGGGAUUGAAAUUCCUAUCUGCUGAGGGUUUGAAAAACCUCUCAGCUCUUGAAUAUUUGUCAAUCAGCGAUUGUCCAAAUCUGACAUCCUUUCCGGAGUCAGGCUUACCAUCCUCACUUCUACAGUUAUAUAUCUAUGGUUGUCCUCUGUUGAAAAAACGAUGCAAAAGGACUGAAGGUCCAGAUUGGUCCAAAAUAGCCCACAUUCCUCGCAUUCGAAUGGAUGGCAGAUUCAUAUCUGAUCCAUAUCUGGAGGAAGAAUGAGCUGUCCUUUAUCUCAGAAAUGAAGAAAACAGUUCCUUCCCUUACAGACUAACCCUGGAUGUAGUUGGAUCCUUGAAUGUAAUCUGUCUAUCUCGCAUUCUCAGUGAAAUUUGGCUUAUCACUGCUUAAUGCUUAUAAACGGAAGUUUCAUGAUGUUCAAAGUGGUGUACAAGAAUUUGAAUUUGAAGUGAGGAAGACAGUUUGAGAAGUUGCUUUUAUGAUUUGUGAGGAAAAUAAGCUGAAAGUAUGCAAAUCUUGUUUGGAAGGGAGUUCAGCUUAAUGCCAAUGCAUCUAAUGACUGAGCUGCCCAUACAAUCAGGCGUGUUUUUGAGCCAAGCUUGAACAAGGGCCAACUCAAAUUCUGUAUAAAUCCUGAAAGUUCAAUUCAAGCUGGUGAUGAGUUCAUUAGAUAAGCCACCUGAAAAAUUCCAAAAAACGAGGUAGUCAAAGAUGAAGAACAAGAAGAAGAAUCAUUUGAAAGGAAAUGGGAGAAGAAAAGUUACCAUAGAAAGAUGAAUCUAUUGGCCAAUUUCAGACUCUACUCAAUCAAGUAGCCCUAGCUUGGAUCCAGCCCUACCCACAGUACAGUCAAAAUGUGAUGAAAAAAGAAGGCCUUCCAAAGAGAAGCUUAAGAAUUUUGUCAAUCGAGAGACAUAAGAAAACUUAAAGCUCUGCCGAACCACAUGCACAACCUCAAAUUUCUCCAAGAAUUACAAAUAAGACAGUGUCCAGAUGUCACAUCCAUUCCAGAAGAAGGUUUCCUACUAACCUGGAAUCACUUCUGAUUGCAGAUCUCAAUAUCUAUAGGUCACUAUCUGGGUGGGCUUUGCAAAGACUCACAUCUCUUAGAAACCUUGAGAUUAGAGGAUGUCCAUAUUUAGAGUGUUUUCCACGAGAUGAUAAUGCAACGAUGCUGCCAUCCUCUCUAUCUCAGCUAACCAUUGCAAGGUUCCAGGGAUUGAAAUUCCUAUCUGCUGAGGGUUUGAAAAACCUCUCAGCUCUUGAAUAUUUGUCAAUCAGCGAUUGUCCAAAUCUGACAUCCUUUCCGGAGUCAGGCUUACCAUCCUCACUUCUACAGUUAUAUAUCUAUGGUUGUCCUCUAUUGAAAAAACGAUGCAAAAGGAUUGAAGGUCCAGAUUGGUCCAAAAUAGCCCACAUUCCUCGCAUUCGAAUGGAUGGCAGAUUCAUAUCUGAUCCAUAUCUGGAGGAAGAAUGAGCUGUCCUUUAUCUCAGAAAUGAAGAAAACAGUUCCUUCCCUUACAGACUAACCCUGGAUGUAGUUGGAUCCUUGAAUGUAAUCUGUCUAUCUCGCGUUCUCAGUGAAAUUUGGCUUAUCACUGCUUAAUGCUUAUAAACGGAAGUUUCAUGAUGUUCAAAGUGGUGUACAAGAAUUUGAAUUUGAAGUGAGGAAGACAGUUUGAGAAGUUGCUUUUAUGAUUUGUGAGGAAAAUAAGCUGAAAGUAUGCAAAUCUUGUUUGGAAGGGAGUUCAGCUUAAUGCCAAUGCAUCUAAUGACUGAGCUGCCCAUACAAUCAGGCGUGUUUUUGAGCCAAGCUUGAACAAGGGCCAACUCAAAUUCUGUAUAAAUCCUGAAAGUUCAAUUCAAGCUGGUGAUGAGUUCAUUAGAUAAGCCACCUGAAAAAUUCCAAAAAACGAGGUAGUCAAAGAUGAAGAACAAGAAGAAGAAUCAUUUGAAAGGAAAUGGGAGAAGAAAAGUUACCAUAGAAAGAUGAAUCUAUUGGCCAAUUUCAGACUCUACUCAAUCAAGUAGCCCUAGCUUGGAUCCAGCCCUACCCACAGUACAGUCAAAAUGUGAUGAAAAAAGAAGGCCUUCCAAAGAGAAGCUUAAGAAUUUUGUCAAUCGAGAGACAUAAGAAAACUUAAAGCUCUGCCGAACCACAUGCACAACCUCAAAUUUCUCCAAGAAUUACAAAUAAGACAGUGUCCAGAUGUCACAUCCAUUCCAGAAGAAGGUUUCCUACUAACCUGGAAUCACUUCUGAUUGCAGAUCUCAAUAUCUAUAGGUCACUAUCUGGGUGGGCUUUGCAAAGACUCACAUCUCUUAGAAACCUUGAGAUUAGAGGAUGCCCAUAUUUAGAGUCUUUUCCAUGAGAUGAUGCUGCAACUAUGCUGCCCACCUCUCUAUUUUGGCUAACCAUUGCAAGGUUCCCAGGAUUGAAAUUCCUCUCUGCUCUUGAAUGUUUGUCAAUCAGCGAUUGCCCAAAUCUCACAUCCUUUCCAGAGUCAGGCUUACAGUCCUCACUUCUACAGUUAUAUAUCCAUAGUUGUCCCCUGGUGAAAAAACGAUGCAAAAGGACUGAAGGUCAUGAUUGGUCCAAAAUAGCCCACAUUCCUAGCAUUUGAAUAGAUGGAAGAUUCAUAUCUGGAGGAAGAAUGAGCUCUCCUUUAUCUCAGAAAUGAAGAAAACAGUUCCUUCCCUUGCACACUAACCCCAGUAUGUCAGGUUGUAGUUGAAUCCUGGAAUGUAAUCUAUCUACCUUGCAGUCCCAGUGGCAGACAGUUUGGGAGGUUGCUUUUAUGAUUUGUGAGAAAAAUAAGCUGAAAGUAUGCAAAUCUUGUUUGGAAGGGGGUUCAGUUUAUCAUGUUUUCAGCUUAAUGACAGUGCAAUCUAACGACUGAGCUGCCCAUACACUUAGGGGUGUGUUCGAGUCGAGCCCAAACAAAGGCUAGCUCAAGCUCUGUAUAAAUCCUGAAAGUCCAAUUCAAGUUGGGGAUGAGUUCGUUAGAUAAGCCACCUGAAAGAUGCCAAAAAAGAAGAACAAAGGUAGUGAAAGAUGAAGAACAAGAAGAAGAAUCGCAAGAGAAGAAAUCGGAGAAGAAGAAUAGUUGUUGGAGAAAGAUGAAUCUACUAGCCAAUUUCUGGUAACUCGAUCAAGUAGCCCUAGCUCGGACCCAGCCCUACACAUAGUGCAGUCAAAAUGUGGGGAUAUUUCUUGUUUACCAAGCUAUUUUAUUGCACCUAGUAAUGGGCUUACUAACUUGUUUUCUACAGACAUGCUUAUGGUUUUUUUUUUUUUCUCUUUUUUCAUUUCUUGUCUUUGUGUUUUUCUUUUUUUUCUUUUCGCCUUCAUUGUCUUCUAUGGAUGUGCUUAAGUGAUAGCAGAAAUUCUGAUUGAUUCUUUUUGUAAGGUACCUCUUCACUUCUAUAUUAUUCCUUGUAAUAUUCUCUUCUUUUU